CGAGAUGCUCACCAGCAGCUAGCGGAUAUUGAACUCAUGAUACCAGUGGCUAUGCAGAAAUUGCAGUUCGAGGGAUCUUUGCGAUCGUUCUUUUCGACGCCACUCGCGCCUGGCAUAGAUGUUGAGCCAUGUCGGGAGCUCACGAACAAAUUGAUGGCCGACCUGGUCAACUGGGCUGCCAUGUACCCUAACUUGACUCAAAUCACCAAAGAUUCGAAAGACGUUUACGAAGUUGGCGACCGAUCGGGACACGGACUCGACAUCAGCAACGAAGCCUUGGCCACUGCACCGCUCCCAGAUACUUUCAUUGCGCUGCUCGCGUCGAAUUAUGUCUCAACAAAACUCAUACUCAACAUGAUGUUGUACAAAAUGGGCACACAGGCGCUGCCGCUCAUGCCACCAGCCGCUGCUGCGGAGCACUUCGAUAUCGCAACCCAUUGCGCUAAAGCAAUCUUGCGCGGCUUCUCGAACAUGGAGAAGGCGCAGACAGCCGGUUUUGACUUACUGCGAAGCAUAUCCCCGCUCAUAACGGUCAUUUCAGCUGGCCCUGGAGUGGAGCAGUUUCGGGAAGCGGGGGAGAUGCUGCAAAGGUUAGCAAUGAGGAUCGGUGGUCUGCAGUCGAUAUUGCAAUCGCAUUUUCCAUCUCCUUCGCAAAGCAAGCAAGUUCUCUGAUUUCAUCUACCAUGGUACAGUCGUUGCUUGAAGUUGUUGAUGCCUCAGCCUAGAUGGGGCUUCCAAAAGUUGGUUCACCAAGGUCGCAACCAUGGUACGCACCAAAGACCCUGAGCAAAUUAUAGCGACUGCUACUAGUGUACAACUUUUCUGUUAACCAAUAUCUUUUUUUUUCUAAAUUUCGAACACAUUUAUCAGCAU